AUGGCAUAUUUCGAAUGUACACAGACGAUUACCUCAACCGUUGCAAGAUCAAAUGCAAUGAGGGGAUUUGGAAGUUCCAAUGAGUUGGCUACCCUCUCAUGAAAUUGUUCAAUUUAAGGAUCUCAGUAACUGUAAUAAAGUGAAAGAUUCAGAUUCUGAUACUUUUGACGGAGAACGACAUGCCGAGGAUUCAAAGGUGAAUGAAAGUUUGCUACUAAUGAAGUUCUAUUCCUUGUCAACUGAUUUUGUCAGCCACUUGCUCUCUGGUUGCGAUGGCAGAGAACUUGGUCUUCCCUUUGAGCUAACAGAGAAAGAAAAGGAGAUCAUUCUUUAUAAGAGAAGCACCUUCAUACUUGGAAGGUCAGGCACAGGGAAAACUACUGUUUUGACCAUGAAAUUAUUUCAGAAUGAGCAACUAUAUCAUAUAGUAUCAGAAGGAUUUCAUGAAGUUAGAAGCAAUCCUUCUACCAGCUUUAGUUGGAGACAUGAGGUUCUUGAGAAUGACACAGAGACUAAGGAGGCUGUCUUGCAUCAGAUUUUUGUUACAGUUAGUCCAAGACUGUGUCAUGUGGUCAAACAGCUCGUGUCUCAGUUGAAAAGCUUUGUAUGUGGCGGUAAUUCUUCAACCAACAGCAAUUCCCUCUUUGAGGAUGGUAUUGAUCAUGAUUUGGCACAGUUCAUAGAUAUUCCGGAUUCUUUUGUUGAUCUUCCAUCUAAGUGGUAUCCUCUUGUCAUAACGUUUCAUAAGUUCUUGAUGAUGCUCGAUGGUACAGUUGGUACUUCAUACUUCGAGAGAUUCCCUGAUGCAAGGCAAUGGUAUCAUGGGAAAAGUACUGAUCAUAAAUCGAGAUCGGUUUCCUUAGAAACUUUUAUCAGGACAAGGGAGGUUAAUUAUGACAGAUUUAGUUCAUAUUACUGGCCUCAUUUCAACAUCGAGCUAACAAAGAAACUUAAUCCUUCCUCAGUUUUCACUGAGAUAAUGUCUGCUAUAAAAGGUGGUUUACGAGCAGCAGGGGUGGCCACUGAUGGGAAUUUGUGUCGGGAGGUAUACAUUUUACUAUCCGAGGAUCGGGCCUCCACCUUAAGCAAACAGAAGAGGGAGAAAAUCUAUGAUAUCUUCCUGAAAUAUAAGAAAGAAAAGGUAGCAAAUGGUGAUUUUGACUUUCCAGACUUGGUGAAUGAUCUUCAUCGGCGACUUAAAAAGAACAGAUAUGAGGGUGAUGGGAUAGAUUUUGUAUACAUCGAUGAAGUACAGGAUCUUUCCAUGAGACAAAUUGCUCUAUUCAAAUAUAUCUGCAAAAAUGUUGACGAUGGCUUUGUUUUUGCUGGUGAUAGGGCUCAAACUAUAGCAAGGGGCAUUGAUUUUAGGUUUGAAGAUAUACGAUGUCUGUUCUACCAAGAGUUUGUAUUGGGAUCAAGAAAUGAUGUAACUGAUGUAAGAAAAAUGAAAGGUCAAAUCUCAGACAUUUUUCAUUUGAGCCAGAACUUUCGCACCCAUUCUGGAGUUCUAAAGUUGGCACAGAGUGUAGUGGAGCUUAUUUACCACUUCUUUCCUUUAUCUAUUGACAUUUUGAAACCUGAAACUAGUCUUUUGCUAGGAGAAGCCCCCGUUUUGCUUCAAUUCAGUAAUAAUGAAAAUGCAAUUAAAAAUAUAUUUCAGAAUGGUGAAAAUGGAAAUGUAUGUGGGGAUGCUUACAGCUUCGGAGCAGAGCAAGUUAUAUUAGUUCGGGAUGAUUGCUUGAGGAAGGAAAUUUGUCAGCAUAUUGGGAAGAAAGCUCUUGUUCUGACAAUUUUGGAGUGCAAGGGCCUUGAAUUUCAGGAUGUACUGUUGUACAACUUUUUCAGCUCUUCCCCGUUUAGAAAUCAAUGGAGAGUGAUAUAUGAAUAUAUGAAGCAACAAGAUCUGCUCAACUCUGCUUCUCCUCAGUCCUUUCCGAGUUUCAGUCUGGAAAAGCACGAUGUCUUGUGCUCUGAACUGAAGCAGUUAUAUGUGGCAAUCACUCGUACGAAGCAAAGAUUAUGGGUUUUUGAGAAUGAUGAGGUGUAUUUCAAACCAAUGUUCGACUAUUGGAAAAAGCUGCGCCUUGUCCAAGUAAGACAACUGGAUGAUUCAUUUGCUAAGGAAAUGCAAGUUGCCAGCAGCCAGGAGGAUUGGAGAUCCUGGGGGAUCAAGGCCUGUUAAAUCUUUCCAUGAACUUAUAUAAAUAUUAUUAUAUCUGGUGCUUUGUGUACUUGAUUCAAGCAAUUUUUGAUAGGUGGUGGUUGUUAUUAUUAUUAUUUUAUUAUUACUGCCAAAAGAAACACAGAUGCCUACGUAGAAGUAACUUAUCAGAUGUGUAAGAUAUUAUCUGAUAAAUAUCUAGCACUUUAAGCUCAUGGCAUGCCGAAUCAAUGCUUUUUAGAUACUCUAGGACAUGUGAUUGUCAUACCUCAGAAAAUGUUUUAUCCUUUCUAUUAAAUGUGUGAUUUUUUUUUUUAUGUAUAUUGCCCCUAUCCUUUCUGUAAGUGUUCUAAUUUUGUAUUGUCCCUGUCCUGUGCAUGUCCAUACAUAACAGUUUGCUUAUUAUCUUUCUUUUACAUUUUUCAGCAAGUUUAAAUUUUUUUCCACGAUUUACACUUUUUACUACUGCAGCUCUUUCAUUAACAUAAUUAUAACAUGGCAAUGACGUGCUUCCAAAGAGUGGGAGAUGCAUAUUGGGAAAGAUUGGCCAAGGCAACUCGGCUUCAAGUAACUGCUGACUGUAUGAGUGGUCCAAAUCCUGAAAUUUCGUGCGUUUACCUUAGAGAGGCUGCUGAAAUUUUUUACUUAAUUGGCAAGGCAGAAUUAGCUGCACAAUGUUUUUUUAAGUUAAAUGAGUAUGAAAGAGCUGGUAUGUUUUUC